UCCGCAGCCAAGCACGAGUCGCCUAUUGCUUCAGUGCACUGCUGCCGUCAACCACGGCUUCCUCGCCAUGGCUUCGCGACGCCUGGUCGCCUCGCUUUCGCGCCGCCAUAUUCCCGAUCACUCGCCAGUACUGCUAGCGCGAUGCACCUGGAUCCAUUUUCGCCCACUUGCCUCACUUCCGACCAAAUCACUGGCUUCAUCGCAGAUCGGAUCCACCCUAGGAUCUCACAUCCCCGCUCCUUCGCUAAUUCCUUCGCCAACUCCUUCGCCGCAUCUCCACCCUACCUCCACCCGAUUCGCCAACCCGUCGUUUCGUUCCGCUGACGUCACCAGUGUCGCAUGGGCUCCGACACCUCAGGCGUCUGCUGGCUUCUUGCUUACUAAAGGGUUUGCGAGUUUCCCCUGGGGAUCCCUGAAUCCGUUAUCACCAUCCCAAGGCCGUGCUUCAGUCGCCAUCCGUGCAUCUGUUGCAAACCGUUCUCUUAUCGCAUUCCCGCUGCAGCAGCAGCAGCAGCACCGACAGUUGCACCAACAGACCCAGCAGAGCCAGCAGCAGCAGCAGCACCGACAGUUGCACCAACAGACCCAGCAGAGCCAGCAGCAGCAGGAUCCGCAGCAGCAGCACCCGUCAGACGAAUCCGUCCACUUCUCGCUAGACUCCCGCGUUACUAGCGGAUCCGAUAAUGCUUCGGUGGUGUACCAAGGGCCCUUCUCCUCCCCUCUCCGCAACGUCAAGAUUCUCUCCCUCUCCACCUGCAUCCUCUCCCUCACCCUAGGACCUAUUGUUACCUUCUACUCUACCACCGCCUUAGGAGCAGCGGGAGGAGCAGCAGCAGCCGGCGCAGCUGGCGCAGCCGCGGGAGCAGCGGGAGCAGCAGGAGCAGCAGGAGCAGCAGCAGGAGGGGUCGGCACAGCAGCAGCUGCAGCACCAAAUGCAGCCGCCACCGUACUCCUUAAAGGCAGCAUCGCUGGUACGUUAGCGCUCUUCAGCACAGCCACUACAGCUACCUUACACUGGGUGGGCUCUCCCUACGUCCGCAGCAUCAGAUUCCGCAGAGGCGCGCCGAGCAUGCAGGUGGAGACGUUAUCCUGGAUGGGUACACCUCUACAGAGCACUGUAUAUCUUCGCGAUAUAACGGCCGCGCCACAGGGCAACCGGCCGCUACAGCCGACGUUUCUAGCAGGAGGAAAGGAGUACUAUGUGGAUCUGGAGCUGGUCCAGUGCCCAGAGCUGAGGAGACGGCUGGAGAGGGCGGAGGGAGGGCAGAGAGCGGAGUCUGUGGGCUCCCAUGAUUGACUCUCCCUGCGGUGUAUGGUUUCUGGUGUCUGGUGCAUGGUGUGUGGAGCCGGUUUCGUGCAGCGAGAAGUAGGGAAGGAGUAAUACCGUGUGUGGAUCUGGGGCUGGUGCAGUCCCAUGAGCUGAUGAGACGACUGGAGAGAGAGGUGUAUGGAUGGUGUGUGUAGUGGGAGGAAAGGAGUGCUACAUGUAUAUCUGGAGCUGAGGAGACAGCACUCUGGAGUAGGGGGUUGUAGCACCAAGGGGGUCUGGAGCAUUGCUGUAUGUGGAUGUGGAGCUUGUUCUGUGGUGUAAGGGCUCAGGAGUCGAGGAGACAGACUGGAGAAAGGGCAGGGGAGGGCAUAAGGAGAGUCUGUUGGAACUUUUGAUUGGUACGAUUCUGUAAUCUCAGUACCAGGCCCCACAAUAUUGAGAAGUUUACACUGAUUUUGCCCUUUUUCAG